AUGAAAUUAAUAUUAAUUUAUAUUUUUAUUAUAAUUUAUUUUACAUCUUUCAAAUCAACAUUUACUCAAACUUUUGAUGAUGACACAGUUGGCAAGUUGAACAUUAGUGUGAAUGAUGGUUUAUUUUUUUCUUAUCAAAAAAUUCCUUAUUAUACUUUAGAAGAAAAUAGCGGUAUCUCAUCUUUUUAUAAGUUAGAAAGUUAUUUAUUAAAUAAUUAUAAUCCCAAUAUUAUACCACAAAGAAAAAGAGAUAAUAGUGUAAAUGUUUUAUUUACAAUUAAUUUAUACCAGAUUAUUGAAAUUAAUGAACUUCAACAAUAUAUAAAGAUUAACUGUUGGGUUGUUGAGAGAUGGGAAGAUCCAAUGUUAUAUUGGGAUCCUAAUGAUUUUGAAGGAAUUGAUGAAAUAGUUUUACCUGAACAUAAUGUAUGGAAACCUGAUACUACACUUUAUAACUCAUUAGUUAUGGAAGAUAGUGCAAGUAAAAGAUUGCAACAUGUUAAAUUAAAUACAAAUAAUAUCACUAAAACAACAACAGUUGAAAUGUUAUAUCCAGCAAUUUAUAAGUCAUCCUGUAUCAUUGAUCUUAGAUAUUUUCCUUUUGAUUAUACACGUUGUAUAUUAACUUUUGGAAGUUGGAUAUAUGAUAAUAAAGCUAUAGAUUAUUUUCAUGAGUCAAAUGAAUCAAUUAGUCAAGCUAUUGGUACAAAACAUUGUCUUCCAAAUGAAGGUUUUGAUAUUCUUUCAACAUAUGUUGAAAGAAAAGUAAUGAAAUAUGCUUGUUGUGUAAAUAAUUAUACACUUCUUGAAUAUAGUCUAUACAUUCAAAGGAAACCCCUUUAUUAUAUUGUUAAUUUAGUUGCACCAACAGGAAUAAUUUCACUAAUAGCUAUAAUUGGAUUUUUUAGUUCAUCAACAUUAAAUGAUGUAAGAGAAGAAAAAAUUAGUCUCGGUAUAACAACAUUACUUUCAAUGACAUUUAUAAUAUUAGCUGUAUCAGAUAAGAUGCCUUCAACUUCUGCUUUCAUUCCAUUAAUUGGAUGGUUUUAUAAUUCAAUGAUACUUUUAAUAUCAUUAGGUACAUUAGCAGCAUCAUAUGUUAUAUAUGUACAAAAAAAAGGAAUCAUUGGAAAAAGACCAGAAGGAAGAGUUAUGAAGAUCUUUGUUAUUUUGGGAAAACUUUUAUGGUUAGAAAUACCAUUAUUAAUGAAACAGGCAUAUGCUGAAAAAGCUAGGCUUGAAAAAUUAAAAAAAGCAAAUCAAAAAAAGAUGAGUGUAUGGCAGAAAUGGCAAAGUUUAUCAAAAGAUGUUAAAAAAAUGAAAAAAAGUUCUAGUAUGUUAAAUUCAUCAAAUAUUAUUGAUAAUAGUAAUAUGUUAUCAUCAUUAAUAAAUAAUCAAACGACAAAAACAGAUGACGAUACAACAUUUGAUUUUAAAUCUUCUAUUAUUACUAAUGAUGAUGUUAGUGUUGGAAAUCCUUCUGUCUCUGAAUAUGAUACAUUUUCUGUUGGUAAAAAUGAGAAAAAUAAACUUAAUUUAUUAGGAAGUUUGGAGGAUGAUUCAUUAUAUAAAUAUAUUGCAAAUGAUGGAGGAAAAGAUUUUCAAGGUGUAAUAAAACAAACAAGAAAUUUAGCAGAAAUAGAAUAUGAUUGGCUUGCAGCAGUCGUAGAAAGAUUUUUCCUAUUAACAUUUAUCCUUUUAUUUAUAAUGCUUGGAGUUGGAAUCAAUUUUAUUGGUUUAUAUCAUUGGUUAGAUACUAGAGAACAACUUGUAAAAAAAUAA